CCAAAAGGGCAGUAGCCGUGGCUUCAGGCCGGGGAGGAGGGGUGCAAUUUGGAUAGUAACCCAACACAGGAUAAACAGACCAAUUUUAUCCACAGCUCGAAGGGUGUGGACAUCAGAGUGAAGACGGGCAGUUCAACAGAGCUUCUGUUAAUCAGGACGCUGUUCGGAGAGACUCAUCGUUUCAGGGAAAAGGCAAAAUAAGCAGGUGGGAAUGAACUUUGCGUUGGGUUUCAAGCUGGCAGUGGGGGAGUCCAGCUCCAUGGAGAACCUGGAGAAGCAGCUCAUCUGCCCCAUUUGCCUGGAGAUGUUCACCAAGCCAGUGGUCAUACUACCAUGCCAACACAACCUCUGCAGGAAGUGCGCCAGUGACGUCUUCCAGGCCUCCAACCCUCUUUGGCAGACGCGUGGUUCCACCACCGUGUCCACUGGAGGCCGUUUCCGCUGCCCGUCUUGCCGACACGAGGUGGUGCUAGACCGGCAUGGAGUGUACGGCCUUCAGAGGAACCUCUUAGUGGAGAACAUAAUUGACAUCUACAAACAAGAGUCCACCAGGCCACUCCUACCCAAACCAGACCAGCAGCAGCUGAUGUGUGAGGAGCACGAGGAGGAGAAGAUCAACAUCUACUGCCUCACCUGUGAAAUGCCCACUUGCUCUAUGUGCAAAGUGUUUGGUGCACACAAGGACUGUGAUGUGGCUCCACUGCAGACUGUUUACAAGAGUCAGAAGACCGAGCUGAGCGACGGCAUUGCCAUCCUGGUUGUAGGAAAUGACAGAGUCCAGGCCUUGAUCUCACAGAUGGAGGACAUUUGCAGGACCAUCGAAGAAAAUGGUCGGCGGCAGAAGCAGCAGCUAUUCGAUAAGUUUGAAGUCCUCUACGCCGUCUUGGAUGAGCGUAAGAAGGAGCUGGUGGAGUGCAUCAGCCGUGAGCAGGACCAAAAACUGAGCCAUGUGCGAUCUCUCAUCCGCCGCCACGGAGAUUAUCUGGAGGUGGCCGUCAAACUGGUAGAGACGGCCAUUCAGUCCAUGGAAGAGCCGCAGAUGGCUGUGUUCCUUCAGAAUGCGAAGGAAGUGUUCAAAAAGAUUACAGAGACUGCCAAGGCCUCCAACCUGGAGCGAUCGGAGGCAGGCUACGAGAGCAUGGCUCACUUCACUGUCAACACAGACGACGCCGCCGACAUGCUGAGAGCCAUCGACUUCCACACAGUCUCUCUGGGCGACGACGGGGAAGACGGCUGUGAUCUGGAUGAGGUGGCUGACGACCAAGCCUGUCUGCCUGAUAUAGGAGGAGAACCAGGGAAAUGCUAGGACAUCUGGAGUCACAGAUAAUAUACAGGGUUGAAGAACUGCGUUCACUAGAAAUUAAAAGCCAUUUUGUGUGUUCGAAUACGCUCAACCACAGUCAAACAAGACUGAGCAGUGCAUUUUCGAGAAAAUUCAGUAAAAAUGCCAAAGCUGGAAAGCAGAUUUGGACACAGCCCAAAAAACUCGGGGCAAAGGGUUCUGGACAACCACCAGCAUUGGAAGAUACCAUCAAUCAGCUUUGUGAAAUCGGUUAUAAAAUCUACAUCCCUCUGAAUUUCUUGCUUGAAAUUUGAUAAAUCUUGUUCAGCAUGAAGCCUGUUUAAUUUCGUUUGCCUUUUUGGGACACCCUGUAUAUGUGAUGCAAAAAUGUAGGCACUCCUGGCCAAAUCACAUAUUUUGUAGAUAUUUUUUAAGUGAAAAAAGUAAACAUAGGCAGCUAUUUAAGAAAAACAACUGGUGCAUGUUUAUAUCAUCUGUAACUUUAUAUUUAAUGAACUUAUUCAUUAAAAUAUUUCAUAUUUUUGGCAGAUGUCACACCUUGCGAAGCUUUUCUAGUUUUAAGAAUUUUUGCCCACUCUCUGCUGCAGAAUGGGAUCUAACCAUUCUACUUCUAGAAUUUGCUGAUGGUAGAAUCCAUUCUUCUGUCCUUCAAGCGACGUGACCCACAACCCGAAUACAUAACAGAUCCAUCCUGCAUUUAACAGCUGGCAGGUGUUCUUUUCAUCAAAUGCUGCUGAUCCUUUUCUUUUCCAAACAUGCUUUUGGUGAUUGUGAACAACAGAGAGACCUAAGAGCUCCAUUUUUCCUUCAUCACUCUACUUUCCUAAAAGGUGGUGGUUUCCAAACUUCAGAGGUUGACUUUUGUGAUGAGGUUUCCUUCUGAUGACAAUUCCAUGUCAUGUUUGUGAAAGAAAGGUGCACCACCACUCCAGUGUCAGCUAAACGUUCCUGUAGAUCAUUUGGGGGUUUUGCUUUGCCUUUCUGGUGCCCACACGUAGUGACGUUUUAGACGGUGAACAUUUCUGAGCUGGAAGUUCUUUUAUUUCUUUUUCCACCAUUCAUUUUUUUUCAGUGGUUGCUGAGUGUUUGUUAGCACAAGGUUUGAAGAGUAAGGGGAUGUAUUAUCCUCUGGCCUGGUCAUCAGCUGACAAUUACUUAAAUAGUUAAAUUAAGCCCUACAAAGUUUUGCCACAAUUGUUAUUUAUUUUUUAUUAAAAGUUCAUCAAAUACAAAAUUACUGUGAAUUAACAUUUGCACAUUUCUUAAAAUUGUUUGUGGCAGAGGUGUUUAAUAUGCUGUUUGGCCAGGCGUGCCCAGUCAUUUGUAUAUAACUGUAUGUUUGCCUUUGGUAAGGGGUAAUUAUAGCAUAAUAAUAAAUUUGGACUGAUGGAGAACUUUGUCAAGGCAAUAGAUCAAAAUGGCAGAGAACACAUUUCUCAGUGGUGUCAAAAAAAGUAUUUUUGUAGGUUCUCAAAUUAGAGAAUUAAGGCCAAUGAAGUCCAGCAGAAAAAACAGCACAGGGUCAGUCAGGAAUAUCACUAAGAAUGUUUUGGGGGAUCAAAAAGCAAAAAAUGACUAUGUGUGUCAUCUGGAUUUCGUCUCUGUGAAUCGCAGUGCUGUCAGUGACGAGCGCGGAAUAGGUUUUCAUCGAAAACUUCUCCAAUAUAGGAAAUGUCGAACCACGGGAAGUGGAGAUGUGAUAAGCUUACUGACCAUCAGAGAUGUUUGAGAGCCAAAAUACAGCCGAAAAUCAAAAAGCAACUCCUUUGUUAUUGUUUAUUACCUGUUGUAUUUUAAUGUAAAUAUCUUUUCAUUUUCAAACGUGUCAAAUACGAUGAGAAUCACCUUCUUUUGUUCGCGUCAGAAAAAUCCUUUUUUCUGUCUCCCAGUUUAUCAGAUUGGUCAUGUUCGAUGACGUGGUGACCUGUGGUCAGGUUCAGCUAAUCUCUUUUGAGUGCAUCUUUUCCUUGUUUGUUGGUUUGAAGGCUUUUUGAUUUAUCUUCAUCUUUAUCUUUAAUGAAAGAUGAAAGUCUCCGUCUCUCCUUUAACCACAAAAUGGAUUACAAAAGCAAACACGUCACCACCCACCGAGCUCCAUUACAGAGAUUCUGCUGACUUAGGACUCUUCAAAGGCUUCAUAAAUGCUGGGAUCAGGUACCCAGAGUUUCUUGGACACAAUAAAUUGCACCCUCUGUUUAUCCCACAAGCUGGCUGUUCACCCCAUGGCAAGAACACUGCACCCUUCAGACCCACAAACAUUGCUGGUGUACGUCAAGAUUGCUGAGCCUUGGAGAAGCUGGAGUGACUGAUGUUACUGUUGAUGGAUGGAGAGAUGAUAUAUUACGGAACACAUGAGCUCCAGGAUGAAUACCUGACACAUAUCUCCUGAAAUACUGGCACAAGAUGCUGCUUAUUAACUGUCCGGCUGUGUGAAUUAUUAGGGCGCUGCUGUCAGUUGAGACGCAUGGACCCUUCACUUGUAAUCAGUCAUGAGCAAAAACGUACGGCUGCAACAUAUAAGGACAUGUAUGGAAAGUUCAGAUGGUCAUAAGUCCAGUGAAGUGCAUUCAUAUGAAAAUCAUAACCAAUCGUAACAUAAUAAAAUGCAUUUCUCUUAUUGAGUCAAAUAAAUGAACAGUUUUCUCACUGGACUUUAACCUC